UAUGCGGAUCGUUACCGGUUAAAGCUGAAGCCAGGUUGGACUCACGAGGAGUGGUCGGAGUUGGUGUCUGAAGACCCGGAGACUACAGAAGGUUAUCAUACCUUCAACACGGCUGUGAGAGACACCAGAGGGGCUCAUGUUGACUACGCACCGAUGCAUGACGAAAUGGGCAGAGAGUUGCUUCUGUGCGUCAACGAUGCCAAUGUUGCACUGAGUCAUCCACCUGGUGGUGCAUUAUCUGAGAGGACUCUUAGGAGCACGAUGGAGAAGUUCAAGAAGCGGUUCCAUAAGAUGGUAGCUAUGCUUUCUUGCCAUGGUGCUCAGUCCAGUGACGUAUAUGCACCAGGUAGCCGCGCCGCCAGAGCUAAUAAACGGCGUUAUGUCCAGAACGAAGAGGACAUAGAGGAGGAGGUCAAUGAAGAGGAGCCAGCACAUCAAGAGGAGCCAACACAUCAUGAUGAGCAUGAGUAUGAUGUAACACAUCAAGAGGAUCAUGAGUAUGAUGUUGAUGCUCCACAACCAUCACAGGUUACACAACCGACACAAGGCAAUGCCCGCUCUAGAAAAGGCAAAGCAAUAGCUAAGACACCGGGCCAGAAAGGUAGAAAGAAGAUAUGGAACACUCAAUUCCAUAGUCCGGAGUAUCCUCAUCAAUUUAUGCCUGCGGGAAUGCAAAGAUAUAAAUCGAACAUUGAUGCAGAGGCGGAGGAGGCUAGCGAAGAGGAGGAGCAUGAGGCUAGCGAAGAGGAGGAGCAUACACUUGCAGAUAUCGUGAAGAGAGGAAGGAAGAAGUGA